UCCCCCAACACAGACAAGCCUAGCCGGGGCCGAGAGGCAGCGCCUUUACCCGCUCAGUUGAGCUGUAGAGUUCGCAGAGGAAGGAGCCGUCACAACCAACCGCUACACCUUUAGUAGAAUCUUUUAAAUUAAAAAAACACAACGAUGAGUACCGAAACUGCCCUGAAGGACCUGCCCAAGGUUGACCCCACCCUCAAGGGCCAACUGGAAGGAUUCACCCCCGACAAGCUCAAGAAGACCGACACCGAGGAGAAGACUAUCUUGCCUUCCAAAGAGGACGUGGAAAGCGAGAAGCUUCGGAACGAACACCUGGAGAACAUCAGCAAAUUCCCCAGUGGGAGGCUGAAACGCACCUCUACUUCGGAGAAAAUUGUCCUCCCCUCUAGCUCAGAUGUGGAAGCAGAGAAGAAAGAAAAGGCCCAUCUACAGGCUGUGGAGGGCUUCAAUGCAGCAAAUUUGAAGCAUGCAAGCACAAAAGAGAAAAUUGUGUUGCCGGCUAAAGAAGAUAUUGAAACGGAAAGAACGCACCAAAGUAUUUUCCAGGGGGUAACAGGAUUCAAUAAGGCAAACAUGCGCCAUGCGGAAACGCAGGAAAAAGUUGCUCUCCCAGCCAAAGAAGAUAUUGAGACAGAGAAGACCCACCAAAGCAUAUUCCAGGGCGUCACAGGCUUCGACAAAUCUCAGAUGAGGCACGCGGAGACAGAGGAAAAAGUAGCGUUACCUGCCAAAGAAGAUAUAGCAUUAGAGAAAGCUCACCAGAGCAUUUUCCAAAGAUUGACGUCCUUCGACAAGAGCUGCAUGAGGCAGGUCUCAACCGAAGAGAAGGUGGUCCUUCCGUCUACAGCAGAUAUACAGACAGAGAAGGCUCACCAGGGUAUAUUUCAGCGCGUUCUAUCGUACGACAGAAGCGAAUUGAAGCAGACAGAAACUGCGGAAAAAAAUGUGUUGCCGUCUAAAGAAGAUAUUGAGAAGGAAAAGGGCCAGCAGGCGCUGUUCCAAGGAAUCGAAGGGUUCAACCAAUCUAAUCUUAAGAAGACUGAAACACAAGAGAAGAACCCUCUCCCAACCAAGGAGAUAAUCGAGCAGGAGAAGAAUGCCUAACCAGGAGGGGGGCACACACAGCGCGCCUAUUAUUACUUGUCCUUUCCUCGCUCUCCCGGCUGCCGGAGGCUCCUUCAGCCGUAUUUUGUACUUUGAUAAGUAUAGUCUUAUAUAGUAAAAAAGGAAAAAAAAUAUACUGAUUUUGUAACCUGAAACUUAUAUAAUAUAAUUUUUUGCUUUAUUCUAUACAAAGAAGGUGCUCACUGUCUAGCAAGGCGUUGGCAAGUUUGUCGCAGGUACGAUAUGCAGAGCGGAUGAGUUUACCCCCUCCCCCAUUUUAUUUUAUUUUAUUUUUAUUAUUUUCUCUCUCGUGCACACCUCUUUCUCCAAGACUUAUAAUACCAAUUGCUAGUGGACCAAAUUUAUCUUGCUUUCGUCUUGUGUUUAGGAUGUAGUUGUCUCCCAUGAAUUUAAUUAUACAUAUAAGGAAUAACUGCCAAUGUGUAGUAGAAGAUGAUGAUGACUUCUCAAAUUGAACAAAUUACGUUUUUAUUGAAAUAUAAAACCUAAUGGAGAUUUUUGUAUUGAAUUAUGGAAUGUCAUGUGGUACAGUAUAUAAAUUUGAGAGUUUAGAAGAUUUAUUUAUUUAACUGUGAUGGCUGGCAUUUAGUUUUUUAUUCUCAAAUAUUGUAUUACCUUUUCAAUUUUGUGCUUUUUUGGGGCAUCCAACUUAUUGUGAUUUUGGGAGCCAUUAAAAAAAUGCUUUUGUAAAAAAA